GUCCGAACACAGCGCUACAUUCAGUUACCGAUUGCGCCCGUGCCGGAGAACGCGUGCGACGAACGUCUUUACAACGGAUACCGCGUGCGCAUUUACGACAAACUGAAUUCGAAGUUCGAACCUUACUGAAACUGUAAACAGAAAAGGCAUGGACUAGUGUUGGUUGCUGUGUUUGUGCUGUUGAUGAUCGAGAACCGCAGAUUUUUCCAGAAGUGCAGAUGAUGUUAGAUAGUAUGCUGACGAGGUGGUUGGCACUGGCGCUCCUGGCAACCACCUGGCGGAUGGCUGGAGGCUGUACGUGCGCACCUGACCACCCACAAACACACUUUUGUUCCAGUGAUUUUGUGAUAGUUGGAAGAGUACAAAAAACAUUCAGAGGUCACGAUUUCUUAGACGCGUAUAAAGUGAAGAUCAGGAAUGUUUUCAAAGCUACACCCAAAGCAAGACUGGCACUCAGAACAGGCCGCCUACUGACAGCGUCCAUGGAUUCCAUGUGCGGACUCCAACUGCAGCCCAGGGAAACCUAUCUCAUUACAGGUAACAUCAGACAACUCCAAGCCCACGUCGACCUUUGCGGGUACACGCGUCGGUGGCGGGACGUGACGCCACGCCAAAGGAAAGGAUUUAGGCUGCUUUAUAAGAACGGCUGCGCGUGCAAGGUGCACAUGAACCGCCGUCGGACGAAGUCUCCGAACGCCUGCGUGGCGAACUACAACGACUGUUACGAGCGACACGGCAUCUGCUUGCACGACCGCGAGCGCCGCUGCCGAUGGACAAGAACUCCGGCGCUCACGAGGUGUAUGCAGGCACAAUACCACAACAGCACGAUGAGACCGAUAUGAUUGCACCAAACUGUAUCGAUUCCACACAAAUAAUACAGUCAGAAAUCGUUACUAAUCUUGGAGCGACUAGAUAUGGAGCCAAAAACGUUUUAACUUUUCAUUUCGAUUAAUUCUGAUGUUAGUUCGUGCGUUUAAGUGACGAUGUGAUAUUAAUGCGUGCAUGAAGUCGAUGUUUAUUCCAAAUUCAAAAUAUAACGAAUUUUCUCUAAAUUAUUUUGCCGCGAGUUAUUAUUUUUGUUGUAUUUUUGUCUUUGUGGACAAAAAGUUAUUAUUAUUAUUUUAUUUAUUUUUAAGUAAACUGUAAAUUAACAACGUUAGUGAUAUGAAAAAGUUACAUAA